UCAUCAAAAGUAUACACUAGGUACAAUUUUGUGUUACUGCGCUAGAAAAUCGUAUUGUCAGUUGAUAAUUUUCUUAUUGAGUUCUUUCCCAUAAUAUCAACGGACAGUUAUAUAAUGGCUUGUUAAAUGAGCACCACAUAUUGCUUGAGCAUUCUGCAUAUCAGAGAAUAACUGUUUUGGUGUUUUAAAUAAGAUGUGUGGAUCAUUUGGAAGGACCUAAUUUAUUCUGUAAUAUUACUGAGUUACAAUGUCAGGCAAUGGAAGGGAUAAUGUUGGUGCAGCUCCAGAGUUUGCUCAACAACAACAACAGCAGCAGCAGCAACAACCAAGGAUGAACCGAUUCAGAAAUAACAAUAAUCAGAAUCCACUGUUCAAUGUUAGGGACAGAUUCUUCCAUACUCUGUUUUAUAGGGCGUCUCUAACAUACGCCAGGACGUUUCCGAAACCAGCGAGACGUUUCAUAGAGUUUGUGAUGUUGAUGAAAGCAAUCUGCGCUUUCUUUGUGCUUGUCUACAUUCAUGUCUCCUUCUCCAAGACGCCGGCUACGUGUUUACAGCAUGUUGAAAACACGUGGCCAAAGGAUGGGAUUCUCAGGGUGGUCAUAGUUAAGAAUCCACAUGAUGACUACAAUUUAGAGCAUAGCUAUGCAAAAGAGAUGAAGCUGAAGCAGGAGAUGGUUGUCGAUUUCUCCGGCGUUCUGGGUUUUCUGGUGAGGGACGGCUUUGUGAAUUUAGAGCCAUCUGCGGUUGAGGAAGCUGCUACAGAAGCCGAAAAGUUGGAAAGUGAAUCUAAUGCUCAGGAAACCGACGAUGAACAAGGGUUGAGAAGUGUCUACAACACCUUAAACCCUCAUUCAUUGAGUAAUUAUAGUAGCGAGGUGACCGUCGAAAGUACCUCGUAUAAAGGUUUAAGUUCAAUAUUUGAAGAACAGUAUGUUUCCAAAGCCGAUGAAAAACCAGACGAUACGGGUGCUAUUAAUCCCAAUGACGAGUCUUCCAAUGAAUGGAACGACGAUGAAAACAUAAUAGAGUACACAUUGGAGUAUGGCUUUCUGCGUCUCUCGCCUGCAACCAGGAAGCGUCUCAAUAUUCCUGUUCAGAUCGUAGUUCUUGAUCCCACGAAGGAUGAAUGUUUCGGUGAUACUUUCAGCCGUUUUAUCUUGGAUCAAUUUCUCGGCUACGAUGAUUUGCUCAUGUCCUCCAUAAAGAGUUUGGCCGAAAAGGGAGAUAAUAAAGGAUUUUUAAGGAAUGUAAUAAGCGGAGAUCACUACCGUUUCGUGAGCAUGUGGAUGGCUAGGAGUUCCUACAUAGCAGCAUUUUUCAUCAUGAUUGUAUUCACGGUGUCCGUGUCCAUGUUGCUGCGAUAUUCGCAUCACCAGAUAUUCGUGUUUAUCGUGGACUUCCUCCAGUUGCUAGAGAUCAAUAGGGCAGCUACGUUUCUCGCGGCUCCCCUUCUGACUGUUAUUCUCGCUUUAGUCGGAAUGGAGGCCAUCAUGUCCGAGUUUUUCAACGAUUCGACGACGGCCUUCUACAUCAUUUUGGUCGUCUGGAUCGCUGAUCAAUACGACGCCAUCUGUUGCCACACACCGAUUACUAAAAGACACUGGCUGAGAUUCUUCUACUUGUACCACUUCUCAUUUUACGCUUACCAUUACCGUUUUAAUGGACAGUAUAGCAGCUUGGCUUUGAUGACUUCUUGGCUCUUCAUCCAGCAUUCUAUGGUGUAUUUCUUCCAUCAUUACGAGUUGCCGGUGAUCAUACAUCAGGCCCAGGUGCAUCAGUUCUUGUUGAGGAACACGCAUAACCGCGGAGGCCAUCCAUUCGCCCAUAGGCUCAUCCAGUUCUGGACUUCAGCCACAACGCAAACCUCGAACAACGUGAACCAGGUGGCCACCUCGACCUCGACGACACCACCGACGUCCACAGUGGGAACAUCGGCGCAGCCCAUCACCUCCACACAUUCGAGUCAGACUGUGCCGGCGGCCGUCGAGUCAUUCGGGGCGCAGACCUCGCUGACGACGGCCACGGCGGCCGCCAGCCAAACACACACCGACGUAAGACCUGCAGGUGGAUCCGACGAUACGACAUCUGUUGUCUCUAAUUGAUUCCACAAUCCCACCAAUCUUAUACCUACACCCUCACCAUCCCUAAUAAUACCAACUUUACAGUUCUUCUUCUGCAACUCAAACAAGUAUAUUAAAAAAAAAAAAGAAAAACCCAGCAGCUACCUCCCUACAAAUCCUAUCCACACACACACUUACCGAACUCAACUACACUAUAUUAGUAUAAUUAUAUAUAAAUAUAUAUAACAACCAAUAUGACCGUAAUCGUUUUACCAUUUAGAACGCGUUUGAAUGAACCAGAUCACCCAUUCAAAUUCAUGCAUAUGUAUUUAAAUGUGUAAUCCAGAAUUCUAGAACUUAUAUUUGUAUAUAUAUUAGUCUCUACUAUGCGGACUAUUAUUAUAAUUAUAAAUAUUAUGAUUUGUCUAUAUAUUUAGGUGAUUGUCUGACAGAUUUUAUGUAUAGUAAAUAUUCAUAAUGUACUCUUUCCAUUAACUUUUCAUUUAUUAUUUUUUUAUUUUAUUUUGUUUUGUUGUUAUUAUUUUAUAUUUUUCGCAACGAGCUCCUUUGAUCGUCGUCCAUCGACUGAGUGUUUUUACACGGGAAUCCCCUUCAUUUGGAGUAUAUUAUAGUAUGGUAAUUAAUUAAUUGAACUAAUAAAUGUCGAUACAACAUA